ACUAACUAACAGUAGCAUACGCGGACUGGUAGGCGACGCUCGUGUUUUGUUCGAUAUUUAUAAAUAUUUAACGACAAUGCCUAAAAUAUACAAUUUCGGUGCAGGUCCAGCCAAGUUGCCAGAAGAAGUUUAUGAAAUAAUAAGAAAUGAAUUGACCGAUUAUGAAGGUACGGGAAUCAGUUUAUUGGAAACGAGUCAUCGUUCUCAGACUUAUAUGAAACUUAAUACGGAGGUGCAAGAAGUUGUAAGGAGACUGUUGAACGUCCCAGCAAAUUACAAGGUAUUGUUUUUACCAGCCGGAGGCCAGGGGGAAUUUGCAGCUGUCCCACUUAAUUUAAUGUCAAGAACUGGUACAGCUGACUAUGUUGUUACAGGCGCUUGGUCAGAAAAAGCAGCCAAGGAAGCUAAGAAAUACGGCAAAGUUAAUUUAGUGGUACCACCAACCAAUCGCUACACAGGCGUACCCGACCAGUCCACCUGGAAUUUGGAUCCCAAUGCCUCUUACGUUCAUAUAUGUACCAACGAAACUAUCCACGGUGUCGAAUUCAAUUUCAUACCGGACACAAAAGGAGUACCCCUUGUUGCUGAUAUGUCCUCGAAUUUUAUGUCCAGGAAAGUCGACGUGUCAAAGUUUGGGGUAAUCUAUGGUGGUGCACAGAAAAACAUCGGGACAUCUGGUGUGGCUCUAGUGAUAGUCAGAGAGGACCUACUUAACCAAGCCAUGCCAAUCUGCCCGUCCAUUUUGGAUUGGACACAGACCGCGAAAAAUGACUCAAUACUAAAUACGCCGCCAAUGUUUGCCAUCUAUAUUAUGGGGCGUGUGCUUCAAUGGAUCGAGAGGAAAGGAGGUCUCGAUGCGAUGGCUGAAGCGGCAGAAAAGAAAUCAUCUCUAAUUUAUAACAUUAUAGAGGGAUCCAAUGGUUUCUACUACGCACCGGUGGCGAAGAAUUCGAGAAGUAGAAUGAAUAUUCCGUUCAGAAUCGGAUCGUCUGGAGGAAACGAAACGCUAGAGAAAGAGUUUUUGAAAGGUGCAGAAGCGAUGGGUCUCAUUCAACUAAAAGGUCACAGAUCUGUUGGUGGUAUCCGAGCGUCCACAUAUAACGCGGUAACUUUAGAAGAAGUUCAAAAACUAGCUCAAUAUAUGAAGGAUUUUUAUGCUAAGCACAAAGACCUUAUAUAAGAGAUAAAUAAUUUUAGAUUAAGGUCUAUAUCCAACAUUCAAGCGAAACGAGACGCUAUUAUACCCAGUGUUAUAUAAUGUGAGCAUUUGUGCCAUACGGGCAUGAAAAAAAUGUCCAAGUGUUUU